AUGGGGAAGCGAGAGGACAACGAUUCAACCAACCUUCCUCUCGUGAAAGUGGGUCGGUUCGGGCGCGUGACGGUGGCGGAGCAGGGUGCGGAGGACCGCGACGCAGCGGCGUACAAGCGGCUAAUGGCGCUCAUGAAGGAGGAGGCGAGACCCAUUGGUUACCUGCACGGCCGGGGAGCAUUGGACCAUGACGACCUGAACUACUUGAGAGAGCACAUCCGCGCAGAAGAGGAGACGGAGAAGCUAAGGCAGCACUCAGAGAAGAGGGCCUUCGCUGCUCUCAAGAUAUGCCCCUUCGCCGCCUUUACCUUUGGCGCUGCUACCGCCGUGCGGCCUGUGCUUGUGCCACUCAACAUUUCGUCCCUGCCAUCGUUUGCAGUUUUCCAUUCCAUGUUUGAGCUUAUGGUGCAGCAUCCAAGAGUGACAGCCCACAGCCACCAGCAUUGGCCAGCCCUGCAGGUUCCCCCGCAGCACCACCUAAAGCAUCUCUCCCCAACAGGCAAAAGUCACUUUUUAAAGCAAUUGUUGAAGUGA